AUUUGCAUAGUCAACGGACAGAUUGUGCAAUAGCUUAAAUUAAAAGUUUUAUAUUUUAAGAAAACAAAAUGUUCGGAAUAAACAAGUUUCUUACAGUUGGAACUAGGCGUUAUUUGGCCACGCAAACUAAAACAUUGCCAGCUCAGGUGCGUAUAGUUGAGGUUGGACCAAGAGAUGGCUUGCAAAACGAACCAAAACUUUUGCCAGCCGAUGUAAAAAUUUCAUUAAUUGAUCAAUUGUCCGAGACCGGCUUGCAAACAAUUGAGGUCACAAGUUUUGUCAGUCCUAAGUGGGUGCCUCAGAUGGGUGAUAACGCUGAAGUAUUGCAAGGAAUUCGUAAAGUAGCAGGCAUUUCUUAUCCAGUGUUAACGCCAAAUCUAAAGGGAUUUGAAAGUGCUUUGAAGGCCGGUGCCAAAGAAGUAGCAGUAUUUGGAGCUGCAUCAGACGCAUUUUCACUAAAGAAUGUCAACUGUACUGCUGCUGAGAGUAUUGAACGAUUCAGACCUGUCUUGGAAGCAGCAAAACUGAAUAAUGUUAAAGUACGCGGUUAUGUUUCUACAAUUGUUGGAUGCCCAUAUCAAGGCGCUAUACAACCCAAAGAUGUCGUAAAAGUUGUCGAAGCUCUAUACGACAUGGGAUGCUAUGAAAUAUCACUGGGUGAUACUAUUGGUGUUGGUACACCAGGUACAAUGCGCAAAAUGUUGGAGGAAGUUAUUCGCGCAGUUCCGGCAGAUAAGCUGGCUGUACAUUGUCAUGACACUUAUGGCCAAGCAUUAUCAAACAUACUUACAUCUCUCGAAUAUGGCAUUUCAGUAGUGGAUGCAUCCGUUUCCGGUUUGGGUGGUUGUCCUUACGCUCGUGGGGCCUCUGGUAACGCAGCCACCGAAGAUGUCGUUUACAUGUUACAAGGCAUGGGUAUAGCAACUGGUGUCGAUUUGGAUAAAUUAAUUUUGGUUGGGCGUUAUAUUUGCAACGAACUUGGAAGACAAUCCGAGUCUAAAGUUAAUCGCGCUUGGAAAGGUCCACAAGCUUCGAUCAACUAAUGAUGUACAAAAUAUGUGUACAAAUUUAAGAAUAUUGUGAUAAAGAAAACGAUGGCAUUUAAUUUUUUGAGCUCUUAGCGGAAAUAAAAUAAUUUUUCAAUAAAUACUUUUAAUUAUUAA